CACCAGCUGCUUUCUGCACUCUGGAGUUUUUGCUGCCUCUGAGCUCCCUUAACUCCUUUUGCCUCUGGUCCUUUGCUUAGCUUCCCCCUCUGCCCGUCUUCUCUUGCUUUAAAUCUCUCUCUAACUUUCACAUCGGCUUCUCCCACCCCCCUGCUCCCUCCCUUUUCCUGGAGUCUUAAAGGGGGAGAAGAAGAAGAAAAUAAUAAAAAAAAAACCUUCCCUUUUUUUAAAAACAUAGAUUAAUAAAAAAAUUAAACCCCAACCUAGAUGAACUACAAAUGAGAAAAAGGAAAAGAUGGAGCUGCACAUUCUAGAGCACAGGCUCAAAGUAGCCAGCAUAGCCAAGGAGAGCGUCCAGUUGUUUACCUAUGGAUUAAUCAAACUUGCUUUCCUUUCCUCCAAGACCAGGUGCAAGUUCUUCAGUCUCACGGAAACGCCAGAGGACUAUACGAUCAUUGUGGACGAAGAGGGGUUUCUAGAGCUCCCUUCGUCAGAACACUUGAGUGUGGCAGAUGCUACGUGGCUGGCUCUCAAUGUGGUUUCAGGCGGAGGCAGCUUCUCCAGCUCUCAGCCCAUCGGGGUGACCAAGAUUGCCAAGUCAGUAAUAGCGCCGCUGGCUGACCAAAACAUUUCUGUGUUCAUGCUGUCCACCUAUCAGACCGACUUCAUCCUGAUACGCGAGCGGGACCUGCCCUUCGUGAUGCAUACGUUGGCUGCUGAGUUCACCAUCCUCAGGGUCGUGAACGGGGAGACGGUGGCUGCCGACGACUUCGGGAUAACGAAUGGGUUUGUCAAGCCGAAAUUGGUUCAGAGGCCUGUUAUCCAUCCUCUUUCCAGUCCAAGUAAUAUGUUCUGUGUCACCAGCCUGGAUCCAGAUACCCUUCCAACUGUUGCUACGCUCCUAAUGGAUGUCAUGUUUUACUCCAAUGGAGUAAAAGACACGGUGGUGGGCAGUGAAGACUCUGGACACAUUCGCUUUUUCUCCUUCUCUCUCAUUGAGGGUUACAUCUCUUUGGUGAUGGAUGUACAGACACAGCAGAGGUUUCCUAAUAAUUUGUUGUUUACAAGUGCAUCUGGAGAACUCUGGAAGAUGGUUCGGAUUGGUGGGCAGCCACUUGGCUUUGAUGAAUGUGGAAUUGUCGCUCAGAUUUCUGAGCCUUUGGCCGCCUCCGACAUCCCAGCCUAUUACAUCAGUACUUUUAAGUUCGAUCACGCAUUGGUACCUGAAGAAAAUAUAAAUGGCGUAAUCAACGCACUCCAAGUCAGUCAAGCUGAAAAGCAUUAGACAUCUUCUGAGCUGGUUGCAGAUGCUUUUUUAUUAUUAUUCCUUUUCUCACAGUAUUUCUUGAAAAAUCUGACUCUGGAGAGAGAGAUUGAGGCGUCAUGAAAAGAGACUGUGAACUGAUGAGCAGAAGCAGAGGCAGCUCCAACAAGCUUUUUUUUUUUUUCCCUUUCUUUCUUUCUUUCUUAAAAGUGGGAGGGCGGGGAGUUGUUAUGAUGGUUUCCUGACAUUAAGACUCCAAAGCAAAAUGCUUUCCUGCUUUUUUGGUGUGAAAGGAAUUGCAGGUAGAGAUGCAGCCUCUCACUGAAAUGCAGAGGUAUAGACAGAUUGCAUACACAGGAGCUUUAGGGAGAGCUUCAAAACAACACCUGACGGGGAAGCGCUGCUUUUUUAGCAGAGAGCACGAAAAGCAUAAAUGAAAGAAAUGUGGAAUUAAAAGGAAAACAAAAUGUUGAACUGCAUUGAUCUUUCUACUAGCAUCAGACUAUAUAAAAAUGGUAACAAUCCCUUAUGAUCUAUGUUCAGAUUGGAUACUAUUUUCCUUCACAAUUCAAUGUUGUGAGAGGGUGGGAAAUAAACUAUUUAUUUUUUUUUCUUCUGCAAUUCAGAAUUGGCUGCACAGAGAACAUUACAGCAUGGUUCUUUAUUAAGGGCUGUCUUCUGCCGAUCUGUACUUCGGGGGCCUCUGUGUGCUGUUGAAGUUAUGUAUAUUAGCUCCGUUUUCCACAGCCCUCCAACAUCCUCUUGCUACAACAUUGUGUCCAGGCAUCCUUCCAAGCCCAAGAAAGUUUGCCAUUCUCUGAUGUCUGUUAUCUCAUGCCAUCCCUUCCCUUUUCCCCGAUCCCUAAACUCUUAACAUGUAGGGAUUGAGGAUGGUUGUCAUGAGUCCCACUUGCUUAACCAGCCUAAUAGAGGCAAGUGAUGUACGCUCAAAUCCACUCCCUUCCAUUCCUACUGAGCCACUUUCGCUCCCCUGAUGCUUUCCGCCACAGCUCUAUUCACAAGGGUAAGGAAGCAUCCGAAAGUCCUGAGCUCAUGGCUUUCUCAAAUCAGGUCUCUUCAUGGAGGCAACAUUGGUUUUAUCAGUGUAGCUCAGGGCUCUGUUGCCUUUCUACCACUCACGUCCUUCUACGGCCAAGGCUCUUGGUGAAUGUGUUGCCAUCCAGCAAAACGGUUGGCCAAGAGCGCUAUGCUUUUGCCCUAAGCAGGGGAUGUUGAUACCCAUGCCCUUGGGGUCCUAUUUAUUUCACCUGCUACAUAAUUUCUUUGGUGAAACAUGGUUCUGGCUUGGUUUGGUUUGGCUGCGAAGCUAGGUUCCAACCCAGUGGGAGUCUUUUCAUUGACUUAGUGGCUUUGAAGCAGGACCUCAGGGCUUUGUAUUUAGAAAAGGGACCGAGUUCUACAGAAAUGUGCUGAAACAUUGACCUGGUUCCUUAUCCCUGUGUUACCAGCUCUUUUAGAGGAAAGUGAUGUUGGUCUUUAAUAGGCAGCCCUAUGGCCUGCAAUCCCGCCGGGAGCUGCUUACAUUUUGACAGCCCCUUGCAAAAGCGAUGAGCCAGUGGGAACGAAGCUCAGUAGCCCAACAUUUUACCUGGUGCCAUGCAUCUUCUUCAGCCCACUUCAGAACUGACCCGCAGUCAGGACGGGAGUAAAGCCGAUGGUGAGCGUAGAGCAGGGAGGCUAAGCAUCACACAGGAGUCUGCAAUGAAUGCACCUGAAAUGUCGUAUGUCCGCAACAACCCGCUCUCUGGUGAGACGCAGGAAACUGAAUUUCCUUUGCAUCUUUUAACCUGUUUUACCUCUCCCCACACACUUUUUUUUUAAUUAAGAAAUUGUGGAUUCUGUAGCAUUAGUGAGGAUUUACAAUCCCAGUGUAACUUCAGAGAGAACCACCUACACAGACCUGCAUCUUGCAGAUUUUCUCCAGGCAUCUGUUCCCAAUCAGUACAUAUGAUAGAUAGAUAGAUAUUCAUACGUGUGUGUACAGACAUAGAUACACACACGCUGCUUACUGUGUCAUUCAGAUUAUACAAGGUUUGGGGAGGACUAGGUAUUAAGAGCUUGAUGUUUGGUUUAUUAGAAAGCUCACUCUAGCCCUGAUGUUGCAGUGCCUACAAAGUUAAUGGAGGAUACUUUGGGGAUUUUUUUAAUCAAUCUGUUAAACAGUUAAUGGAACUAGAGCAUCUUUAGGCAAUAACAUGGAUAUCUUUCCAUUUUAGACCCUAAUUCAGUCCACCAUCCCUAUUUCGUUACGUGCUUCACUUUUAAAUCCCUGCUUACGUUCCACUGACUUAAGCACAUGUUCAGGGUUAAGUGCUUCACUGAACUGGUCUGGGGCCUUGAAAAGAACAUUUUGGUUUCCCUUUAGGCAGCUUUUCAACUGCCCCAUGGAGAACUAUAGUAACUCUAGACUUGGGGGUUAAUGCUAAUUACAGUUAAGAUGCCCUGUGUCUGGAUAUUUGCUCGAGAAGGUGCUUUCCUCAUGCUCUUUUGCAGCAUAUACACAAACAUGGUCUCAAGUUGUGUAGUGUGAUGUUUGUUUUUAAUUUUUUUUUUAAAUAUCCCACCGACUGAAGGACUAAAAUUGCUCUACAAAACUGUUCUAUGCCUAAAGAGCCCUUAUGUCAAACCACAAGACCCAACUGACGUCUCGCUGAGCUGUUGGAAGGUUAUGGGGUUUGAUUAGUUGCUUUUCACAGCACAGCUGCUGUAGGGUUUUCAUCCAUUGGGAACGUGGAUGUGUCCCUUUGUGGGACUCUGGUUUUAUUUAGCGAUGCACAGGGUCCUUGAAUGAGAUCCGAACUGCCAUGUACUACUUGUCAUCCAAGGUUUUUGAGCAGUAGAGCUGCAGACUUUUUUGCAAUGUUGUGGGUCUAGAAAAUUUUGCGUAUCAAGGGUAUUAGCUAUCAGAAACUAUUAUUAAUUAGUUUACGCACUGGAGAGCAAUUACAUUUGUUACCCUCUCCGUGUGAUAUUGCUGCUUCCUAAGGGCGAAGACGUUUAUAUGAAGGGAUUACUUGAAAUGAGCAGCAACUUGACUGAGCCUUAACAGAAAGAAAAAUAAAGAUCUUGUUAUAAUUGUUAUUUACUCUGUACACUCAGGCUAUUCUAGAUGACAAUAUUUUUUUCCGAGGGAGAGGGCCUUACGUUUAUGAUGUUUACGGAUGUCUCUGGUGUGCUUUAAAACUCUCUUCACAAGGCAGGUCGAUAUGCUGUCAUAAAAACGUUAGCCUGGAAAAGUCACAUGGUGUGCUAUGACAUUGAGUGAAGUAUCUCUAAAAUUGCCAUAGGAUUAGAUGUUUUUUCCCCUCUCUUUUUGUCUUUGUAACCCCAGAAAACCUCGAUUGUUUUGGACAACUGUCUGGAUAAUUUGACGUGAUAGCUAAGGAGCCUUUGAAGGGCCAGUGCAAUAGGCAAGUUGCAGCCUGAUGAUGAGAACUAAGCUGUAAUUUCCAGCUUGGGGAAUCAGACCUGUGCUAACUCGGAUCAAGUUAAUAUGCUAAAAUUAGCCGUGUAGCCAAGGUGGUGCAAGUGGCAGGACAGGCUUGCCACCAGAGAACGUAUCUAGGAUUUCCGACGGGAUCUUACUCAAGGCAGCCCAGCCCGUCCGUUGCUUGUGCAGCUUCGCUGCUCUUCGUAGCAUGUUGGCUUGACCAGUGCUCAAGUGGGUACGUCAAGCCAAGCUGGAAACAACACCUCCAGCACCAGUAUAGACAUACCCUAAGAAACUAGUAAAACAACCAGGUUUGGUGCCAGGAUGGCGCCUUGAACACCCUAGAACUAGUUCAAGAUGUGAAUGGGAUCUUCAUGGCUUCAGCAUAUCUCCCUAAUUGGCUUGACCCAGGACCUCAGAUCCAAAUUUGGGGAGAGUUCAGAUUGGGAUCCUGCUCUGGCCCAUCUCUAGCUGGUACAAGGGCUGUGCGUUGCUCGUAUGUUACAACAGCUAUUAACUCUGCAGGCUACGCUUGCUGGCGACAGGAGGGGGAUCCCCUAACCUAAAGCAACAUGUCAGAGCUUUGUUUAAAAAAAAACCAAACCCUUCACAAAACCCUUUCUUUUAGCACCUGAGGAAAUCCAAGUGGAUGUACCUUCCUCUCAGUGCUGAUCCCAAACUACACCACGUACUCCAGUGCUGUGAGCUUUGGAGCCCUGCUGCAAACCCCCUUUCCCUCCAGCAUUGCAGAACGCUCCUGCAAGGGGCAGAGCAAGGAAAUCCAAGACACUCUGAACAUGCUCAGGAUGAGUGGGGUAAGGAAAGGAAUCCUUUCUUAGGUGUGAUCUGGAUUGCCACAUCCAUUUGGCCCUGCUGUCGCCCCUGCAGUCUUUAGCACCUGAUUUUGUGCAAAAAACAUAUCUUUUUAAGGGUUGGGUUUGUUUGUUUUUUAAAGCCUUGUAACAGUUGCGUCUCUGUAAGGAUCAGUGGAAUUGCACUAUUCCUUUAACAUUACAUAUAUGAGGGAAGAGUGGGAGAAAAGUGUGUAAGAGUGAUUCUGUAUUCCUUCAGGCAUUCUGUAUAAAUAAAACCAUGGCUCUGCCUUUAACCCACCAGCGCUGAACCUAACUGCGUGAGGCGCUCUCUGACCCUUUUGCUGUAGAGUUUUAUUCAGUUGUGGUUGCUGAUCCCAUUGGGUUUUUGAAGCUUACAUGCAUGGAAUCCUCUUCAUUUCCUCCUCUCCUGCUCCCAUGUUGGUUCCAUUGCACAAAAAUUCAACAACCACCAAAAUGUUUAUGUGCAUCUGUUUCUAAAAGGGGGCAAGGGAGAAGCAGUUCUCAGUCUCCUUCCUUAUUUCUUGGAGACCUUUGUUUUCUUAGUUACACACAUCAGAGGUUUAUAUUUCUAUGUAGCAAUGACUAAUUUUUGUCAUUUUUUCUAUUGGAUUUCAGCUGCAGAUUCCUUUUUGCUGUGCAAGUGUGCGAGUGUUUGUGUGUACGGUCAUAUAAAUGUAGCGUUUACAGAGAAAUACUAGUAUGUAUCUAUUGUACACAUAUAUAAAUACCUGUGUUUUCUGUUUUUAUGGGUAUAUACUAUACAUAGCAUAUAUACUUGAGCAAUAUAGGUUAAUAUAUACUGUGUGAAUGUGUGUAUAUCCUAGAUACACACUUAGCGUGUCUAUAUGUAAUAAGUACUGUAUGCACACAUAUAUUCACCAUAUAUUUUUAAUUCAAGUAUAUAGGCAAUAUGAAUAUUUAGAUAUGCUAUCUGGAUUUCUCAAACAUUUUAAAAAAAAGAGAAGCAGCUAAUGAAGCAGUGGCUUUUUUCACUUGUCGCCAGUAGGCAGAGACCUUUAAAAAUGUCCAGAGCAAAGUAUCUGCAGGCUGAUCUUGGUUUUGUCAGUUACAGAAAUCCGUCUUUCCUUUUCAGUUUGCUGCCUUGGGUGGAAAGCUUUCUAGAAAAAAUUGUGUGGUUUGUUUUAAUUGCUGCAUUGAAUUGCUUUAACAAGUCAAACAUGAAAGUUGUGUUUCAAAGUGCCUGUUCAAACCCCAGAGUCCAUGUGACGUAGAAUAGGGCGUCCAUCCAACUGCGUGAAGAAGUGCAGAACUGGGAUUUUGAUUUUAUUUUAUCUUUUGGCGUUCAUAAACCAUUUGUGUUUUAAGCAACCAAGCAGCUUUUCUAGCGUCCGCCUGUAGGAGGAGCACAGUCUGGAAAGCUGUGAAGGAAAACUUGUGAAAACCUGCUGCCUUUUGAGCCUGUGUUGACUAAAAAGUCAGCUAGUUCAGUGUGAAAUUCUCACCGCACUCUGUGCUAGUGCACGUAUGUUUCUUUGCUGGUGCUUGGGGUUUUCUAACUGGAUUUUAUCAUGAAGGGAUUUAGCUUUAUAGAAAUAGGCCAUUUUGGGGAGAUCUGUCUGCUGCUGAUUUAAUGGCAUAACAACAAGUUGCUGCUAAUGCCGGUGUUGCUAUUUAUUAGAACCUUAGUAUAUUUAUUGCCCCGAUUGAAGGUUUAAAUCAAUGCAUCAUUUUAUAACAGGUCGAAGUAGGAGGAGGGUUUUUUAAAAAUAAGAAUGAAGAAUCUUGAUGUGAUAUUUGAAAGUUUGUUGUUCUUGCAUCUCAUAAUCAGAAUCUCCUGACUUCCCGGAGUGGUGUUUGUAAGAACCCAGAUGGGAAAGGUACUUUACCAAAGACAGCAACUAGUUUUAUUUUCUUGCUUCUGUAAGCAGAUCCUGUCUAAACCACUUUAAGCUACCGACAUUUGUCUGCCCCAUAAGUGCAUAAUUGGACAUCCUUUUCGAGGUUUGGACGUUUUUCUUUUUGCAUCCCUUAAGAAACAGGUUUGCUUUUUGAAUAAUUCUGGAUUGUUGGUAUCUAACUCAAGAUUGUUAUGGGAUUAUCUCCUCUUUUCCUUCCUGUGGAGAGGUUUAGUUCAAGUCUCCUAUUUUGUAUGGGACUUUGAGGUUGUGGAAUCUGUGGUAGGCCUUGUUAGGAUUAGGAUCAUCUUAAUGGAAAUGUGGUUUCAAGAGAGUGAUUCUCAGGCAGCUAUUUCCAAUGUAUCUUUUUUUUUUUUUUUUUUUAAGUUUCCCUCUCAGUUUAGUCUGACUAUUCCCAGGGGCAGCCAGAGAAUGUUGUUGAACAGAGAUGAAUUGGGCCUUCUCCGUAACAAAGAACGUGCUGAUGUCAGAUCCUGCCGAGGCGGUGCAAGUGAAAUCUAGCAGUAAUUUACUCUUUAAGACCUGCCAUACAAAACACACAGGGCUCUUCGAGGCACAUUAUAGAAGAGAAGUGUUACUGGAAGUGAGGAUCCCUGGAGCCAGUGAAACUAUCCUGGAGUCCUUAAUCAGGUUCAGUUUAUCUAGAAUCUUAGAUUUUAUUUUCUUGGCUCUUCAAGGUCCAUAAGGAUGUCAAGUAGGGCAGCAUGCGUUUGCUAGAUAGUCACUUGGAGAGCCACCACAAACCUGGGGUCAGAUUCUGAUACCGUAAAACAGUCACAGUCUCGUAACUCCUCAACUCAUAUUAAUAAUUGAGUAGUGCCAUUGAAGCCAAAGAAACUAUUUGUGGAGUAAAGCACUAAUCAGCAUGAGUUAUCAGCAUCUGGCCCUGAAAAAUGUACCAUUUUUGUCAUCUUAAAUCUUCCAUAAUACACAGGCAUUUUUUGCUCCGACAGAUGUAGAUAACAUCAAGGAGCCAGAUUUUCAACUGGUGUUAAUUGAUAGAGCACCAUUGACUUCAGUGUCGACCUGGCAACUUCCACCAGCUUGGGGGCCUGACCUGGGAUCUUCCUAGUUCUUUUGGAACCCUCACAUCAAUGGCAGUAGUUUCACACGCAGGGCCUGGCCCCGUACUCUCCCCAAGGUAAAUCAGAAGUGAAUGGAGCUGCCGGUGUAAACCCAUUGCAGGUGAGAGCAGAAUUGGGCCCUUCACUCAAUAACCAGAAUGAAAGCAUGUACUGGAUGGUUUUAGGUCAGGCAGUGUGUGGGGAGGGACCCCUGUGGGUGAUAAAUGGUGUCAAGAUUUUGUUUCUGACUCUACAAGGCAGGUGACAGAUCUGGGCAUCAGGGUUUUGCUUCUGUCUGUGCAGGGCAGGUGAGGGCUCCUGGCAUCAGGAUGAGAGGCAUUGUUGAGGAGCAAACAUGGAAGAUUGGUCCCUGUUGCGAGGGAGGGUGUCUCAGAGUUUGCAACAAGGAGAGGUGAGGUGAGAUGCAAAACCAAAUGACGCAAAAGAAAUUAAUUUUGUUUUUAUUAAUCUUGCAAAAAGAACAAAUACGUCUUUUGUUUAGUCACAAAUCGAAGCUGAAUUGCAUUUUUUAAGACAACUUUUUUUUCCCUCCAGCCCAGUGGAGACCCCAGUCAGAAUCAGGUUGUUUUGUCUCUCAGAGCCAGCCUUGAGGAGAGAGAGUUAGCCCAUCCAAAAGUGGAAAUAUUCAGUAAAUCGUUCUAAUGCUGCAACCUCUUUCCCAGGAAAAGCCUCAGACCAUCUCUGAGGUAAGAUCUGGGUCACAAACUCCGGUGCCUGCACAGAGCCUAUUGCAGGAUCAGGGCCUUAGUUAAUAGCGUUACCUCAGUAGUCUUUUGACCAAAGUAGAGUGGGGGGUUGGCACGCUAGUUUAGGUCGUGGGACUUGAGCGGGAGGAGAGAGAGCGCCCCCAGAUCGAUUUGUUUUCUAUCUGGUUGCCCCCACUCUCUUUAUCAGGUGGGGUAUUUUUUUUGAGGGACGACCCCAUCCCUCCUGCCUGUGCAUUGUAUCUUCCUGAAAAGCAGAACCUUAAAAACAGAGUGAAGAAGGCAGAGAGGUGGCAAGUAACAUCUCAUGCCCUGUAGGCCGUGGUUUCAAGAGCGCCUCAUUCAACAGCUUAGCAAUGUUAUGGGAAUGAUGGAAAAUAUAUGUUGGGGGGAGGGGGGCAUUGCCCUGCUAGCCACUGGAGUGAUUGUGGGGGAAAUCAUAGACCAGCUGAGUCCAAACUUCAGCAGCUGUCUCACAAGCAAAAAUGUCUCCUAGAAGAAUUCAUUGAAGGAUAAGAAGUCGUUUUCUGGAGGAGCUUUUUUUUUAUUCUUCUUCUUUAUGGUAAGCAGCUUAAGGUAUCUCACUUAGCUGUUAUAGUGCAAUCUAUAAAUGUUGGAAUGGAUGAAACUUUUAUUACCCACCAGAUAGUAAAAUCCAGUACUUCUUUUGCCAAAUACAAGUGUGUGUGUUAUGUGUGUGUGUAUGCUACCUAAGAAAUAUGGAUGCCCACUUCCCAUCUCUACAUGCAUAUAUGCCUCUAUAAUGUGUCCAUUAUACAGACAUCUAUGUACAUGAAUUAAUAGAAAUGGAGCAUACAGAUCCCUUAGACAGCUUUGCACUUCUCAGGCAGCAUGUAAACAUAUAUGCACAUGCAUAUGUGUGGGAGAUUCUUUCCAUUAUUCAGUCCUGUAUUCCUGUGGACUGAUGCUAAACUAAAAAUCUAGUAUUUUUAAAUGAUCUCUGCUUUACUCUUUCCCAUGCACCUUCCCCCCCCCCCAAAUCUAAUCUUCACUUGGCUCAGCUUAGUUUAAACCAGUAAAUAUGUGUGCAGUAUGUAUGCUAAUAGCCUUAAGUCGGCCCCACUAGACUGUAUGCCAAUAGAACUGGCCAUUUCCCUGUAUCCAGAAAGACAACGACAGGCUCUGAUCCCAUGCCGCUGAAGUCCACAGGAAUUUUGCCAUUGAGUUUGAUGGCUCCCUAAGCUAGAACUGAGUUGCUGCUUGCCGGUAGUGACUGGAGAACCGAACUGAAACCACAGGGAAGAGAGUUGGAAGCUGAUGAGAGGGUCGGGGCCAAAAGGAGGCAGCAGUGGCUUUACCAGCAACAGGAGAGAAUUAUACGAGAGGAGCCAGAAAACACUUAGCAAAGGCAGGAGGACGGGAGCAUUCUUUUGCUCUUCACUUCAUACAUGAAAAACUAACUCUUUUACUUUAACAAGGAUCAAAACAAAAGCCCAUAGACUCUGUAGAGGGAACAUUGGCCAGGCAUGGCCAUAAAUCUCAUAGCAAACACUCAAGCCAAGAUGCUGUGAAACUGGCUCAUCUCGCCCCCCACCCUCUACUUAGAGAUGCAAUUCACCCCAUGCAGAGGGUCAUCUCAAGGCUCCGUAGCACUUCUGAUCCACUUUAAGUGACACACAGGAGAUGGACUGGCCCUGGACAAAGGGGCGAAUGUCACCUUCAGUUUGUACUGUAUAAGAGGCCGGUUUUCACAUGGCUCCGGUGGCCGUAGCAAGUUGGUUUUGGUCUGAGUUUGUCUUUGGUCCACUUGAUAUGUUUUUUUUUUUUAUCUGCCCUGAGCACUGGCGGUAAAAUGAAGAUAUGGCUGAGUUUUGUACAGCUGCAAGCAGGCUGCCCCUGCUUACAUGGUAAUACCUCAGACAUAACAGUUACUAUAAUAUCUGCUGAAGGAGUAUGAAUGGUUGCAAAUGCUCAGGACCGGGGCAUAGCCAUGGUUGUGCAUAAGCACUUCUAGCUAGAACUCACCAUCUUCUUUCACUGGCUACUCAAAACCCCCAUCUUAUGCCAGUAGGGCAAGAUCACAAAAAUGGUUUCAUUCAUAUUUUUGUUUCCAGUUGCUGCAUUUUAUUGAUCAGUGAAAGGCAGUGUUUAUGCAGUAGGGGUUUUUAAGCCUUCCGGUGGGAUAUUGUGGGUUUGAUACCAGCCUUCAUCAUUUACAAUAAUAGCUGCUUAAUAAUAAUAAUUCUUACCAGUUAUUUUCUAAUCUGAAAAUGAACUAAUACCAAGUUCCUAGUUCUCUUAGCCUUCUGUGCUAAAAAGAGAAACACCCCCACCAUUUUCCCCAGUCUGAUUUUUAUAGAGAGAGAACUAUUCUGAACACCAAUGUUUAAGGCUCCAAUCCAGCAAAGCAUGUGUGUUAGCUUCUUUGCAUGCUUAAAACUAUGCACAUGUUUAAGAGUGGAUGCUGGAUUGCAGGGGAAUGGGGGGGGGGGCAUUUGAAUUGAGUGCAUCACAUGUGAAUAUGCACCUCCUUUAAAAUGAACCCAGUCUCUAAACCUCAGACACGUUAUUUUCACAUGAGCUGAAAGUGAGCGAGGCUAUUUUCCCCUCUCUUGGCCCAAGCUUUUAGGGGCAUUUAACUGCUAGAAAACUCUUACUUCGGGCACUGGUUUGACAGUGAACUUAUAGCUUUGUUUCUCCUCUGUGCUUCUCAGCCUGUUGUUGCAGCCAUGUCAGUGAUGGGUCAGGCUAACUGGUGCUUUUAUGGUACGUGUCAGUGACUGAUGGGUCAGGCUAGCUGGUGCUUGUAUGGUACAUCCUGGAAUAUGUUGAACUGCCGAAGUGUUGCAGUAGGGACAGCACAAAGGCUGAGAAUAGAAACAAUGGUGUGGAAAUUCAUCCCAGCUGUGAACAGUUGGGGGGACUCUCUCAGCGGGUCCCCCUGGCUUAUAUACGGGGGGGGGGGGGGUGUGCACGUGUUGGAAGUCAGCUGUCAAAAGGCUGAAGUCAGUGUAAUUACACCAGGAUGUGGCCUGGUAUCUUCAGUUUUUUGCAUUUCCCGUGAUGCAGUACAGGGGAGCCAAAGAGGGGCAACUUGUGGGGACCACACUUCCCAAAAUGCAGGGGUUCUGGUUUUAAUCCCAAAGCAGAAGGUCACAGAUCAAGCUGGGUCUGAUAAGCUCCAUAGGCUACGGUGACUCCGUUAAAGAUUAGGGUCAGAUGUCGUCUUUUCCUUUUUAGGCAGAUUAGGCUGAUGCGGUUGGCAAAUUGUCAGUACAGCCCUUGUGUAGGCAAAGCUGGGGCAUCAAUUAUCUGCCGCCUUGGGCUAUACACCCCUGACAACGCUGAGACUCAAAACAUAGUAUUAAAUGCAAGAUUUGGUGACAGGACAGUUCCCUUGUGCAGUAGCCACAAGAUCCCUCUGUUUAAGAGCUGAUAUCUUUCGACCUGCAAUAUCUAAAACAGCGUUGUCAAGCUCUCCUGAUACUGGGUGGGUUCUUAAAGCCCUAACUGCUGGAUUCAUGUGAAUACAUGAAAAUCCCAGCUUUCUUUUUUUUUUUUUUUUAAAUAAGUUUUUACCAGUCUUGGUUGAGCAGAAAAGCUUGUAAAGGUGACCUGAGUCCACCCUAAAAGCUCUGAAACCAGAAAGCAAAGAAAAAGAACCCCAAAUUUAUCAUUUUUUAAAAAAUCUUGAUUUUUUUUUUUUUUUUUUUUUUGAGUCCAGAUUCAUGAUUUUUGAAUGCUUUAGGUUGGCAAUACUGCUAAAGCAAAAAUCCUUAUGUAAAAAGCUGGCCCCUCAGUGUACCUCUGGAAAAGCAGAGACCUUUACCCUUAGCAAGACUACAAUGUGUGUUAGAAGAGAGAGAUCCUUAAGCAUAACACAUUGUCUUGAGCAUUCAUGGGUGUGUCAGGGCUGUUCUAGACAGUUACUGGGUUAACCUGCAGCACUAUGCAUAGAUCGUCUAUUUAGCUAGUCUCGUCUUGAAGAAAUAAUUGAAUUUUGAAUGUCUCCUUUCUGCCAGCUGUUCUCCAUGUUUUCCUUUUGGGUUUUUGUGCAUGUGUGGUGCCGUUUCACAUAGGCUGAGGUGAAAUCCAGUCAGUCAGUAUUCAGGAACAUCUCGUUGGCAGAUUUUUGCUUGUAGGUUAAGUUUACCAAAAAAGACAGUUUUGCAAGAGAAGCUUCCAGUUUUUCCUUUGUACAUUAGGAACAGGAAAUAUCUGCUUUGAGGUGAAGACCUAGGCUUUACUUCUGUUGUGUAUUUCAUUAAAAAAAAAUAACUUCCCCUCCCUCAAUAUCAUCACCACCACUACCACCACCGUAUCCCUCCACGGCCGCUCGUUCUCAAAUCGGCAGGUUUUGGUGACUAAAGAAUGUUCUAUCUGGGCAGCACCGGGCUGACAAUUAGAACGCUCCAAGGGCCCCAUUCUCUUUUAUGCCAAAGUCACUUUACGCCAGUCUGGCAGUGUCCAGGGACAUUCAAGUGGGUGCAGACUACCUUCACGCCCACUUUAAAGCCUCUUAGCCCUGCCAGAGCAACGAAAAAAGGGGCCUUCGUAUCAACGAAAAUUAGACCCGUUUGCUACUCCCAUCUUCUUCUGGGUUUUUAUUUGCUCUGACUGUAGCGUAGGGGGCAGGAGGGAGAAUACAUUUGUUGGUUUUGAGGUGGGGGUUGUUUUUUAAAGCUUCUCUGGGAAGGAUAAGAAUGUCCAUUUUCCUAGUGUUUUUGAUGGCCUCUUUUGAGUGCAAUUCUGAAAAUAUUUCCCAACGCAAAGGCAAUCCUUGGUCGUCAGCAGACUUCCUCUAAAGGCGUGGGACUACCCGCUGCUGCUAUUAAUAACCACAUAGGUCUUAAUCCUGCAAUUGAUGGUAGGUCGGUGACUGCUGCUGUCAGUUACAGGGUCUGUGGCCUUAGGCUCUAAUUCGGCAGCGUUUCCUUCCAGCACAAACUUCCUUUCUCCGUUAUUUUUUGAGGUCAACCAAAACUAGGCCCUUGAGCCCACAAUGAUGGUGUCCGACUGUAAUGACAGUGUUCCCAUUUAGCGAAUGGAUCAUACCUCUCCAGUGUUCUCUAACACUAUGCUUGGAGGUCAUGUAUGUAAUGCACCAGCUCUCAGUGCCGGAUGCUGUAAACUCUUACUCAUAUGAGUAGUUAUCCUCGCUGGCUCCAGUAGGAAUAUGGAGGGCCAGGCCCGAGCUCCUUGGUGGGCCCAGGCCUGGUAGAUGGAAUUUUGAAAUGGGGGGGCUGAAAUCCUGUUUCUGGAUCUGAGGCAAAGAAACCAGAGAGUGAGGCUUUGUAGAGGGGGCUGUGUCGGACUUUCCCAACAGCUUGAUGGGCAUCAGUGUUACUUUGCUUCGAACAACUGGACCCUAGACUGCACCCUGAGAACUUUCAUUUGGAUGGGCUAUUUUAAUGGAAUGACCGUGCCAAUUCUUAGCUGAGCAUUUUGGGACAGACUCGGGUGUGGAACUUGAAAGAACCCCCUUGCAGUCAGAGAUUUACGCCAGUGUAAACUCUGUUGCAGUUAGCGGAGUUACUCCAGAUUUACCCUAGCGUAACUCACAUCAGAAUCUGGCUCUUUCCCUAGGGCACGUCGCUGCUAAUGGCCGUUUUAUUAGUGUUUCAAUUUGCUUGAACAGGGCAUUGAUUACUCUCUUUCUUGAAUUAAAAAAUCCAACCCUGGUCCGAAGUACUGGUCAGCAGACUGAAGCAGAUCAUAGUCAGGAGGCUGUUGUAUGGCUCAGAUUUUCUGGCAAAUAACCAGAUCAGAGAAAUUCUUGGUCCUAAGCCUUGCCAACCCUAGGACCUACGGCCGGUCACUCUUCCCACCUUGUGCUUCAUUCAGCCCAGUUGGAAAACUGGGAUAAACACCACUGAAAUCUCCAGAGACUCCUUGAACACAUUGCAUUUGAGCUGAACUUUCCUCUAUAACUUAAUCAUCAGUAGGAUACAUUCAAGCCCCAAAUGGCAUCUGAAUUUCUGGCAAACACUCCUGGUGCUGAAAGCAAACUUGUUGCUGUUCUCUUACAGUGGGGUGUGGGGGGCUGGGGGUGUGAAAAGAAACAUUUGGUAACACAGCCUUGUUUAUUUCCAUUGUGUUCUGUCUUUGCUAGUGUCAUGCAGAUACAGGAAUUUACAAAGCCGUUCCUUAAUUGGAACCAUCUUUUUUUUAAUUGGGAUAAAUGAUGUGAUGGAGGCUUUUCUUUAAAAAAAAAAAAAUGCUACAGAAAGCAGCUAACUUAGGGGGCAGUUCACCCCUAUGCAAGGGACUGGGGCAACCCCUGUGUUCUCUAAGACUUCAAUCCUGCACAGACUGCCGCACGUACGCACGUUGAGUGACUGAGCUGAAGCCAGUGGGGCUGUGUGCAGCUCGCAGAAUUAUGCCCGUGUAUCAGUCUUUGCUAGGUUGAGGUGGAAAGGCUUCAGUCAGAUUGAAAUAGUUGGUAGCCCUUGUGCCAGCCCUCUGCACAGAGGUGAAUUUCACCCUCUCACGUUGCAACAGCAGUGAAGGAUCUCGUUCUUGUACGAAGCGUGGAGCUGGACGAUGGAUGGUUUUGCUUUACACGGAGAGUGCACAUGCUUAUUUUACUUGCUGGGUCUUUUGCUGAAACUCGAGAUUUAUUGUACUGUAUGGAAAAGAAGAAAAAAAAACCCUAAUGUUCCAAAACAAAUGACAGUAUAUUUUGUACUUUGUAAAGUGUUAAUUAAAAUGGGGGGAAAAAAGUGAAACAUACGCUGUCUGCUUUUGUACUGAUCAAACUGAUUCAAAUAAAGCAGAGCUUGGCAUUGUCUUUA